AUGCUGGAUUGUUCGUUGGAUAUGUCCACCUUGCAGCAUUUCAUACCUCUAUCUUUAGUGAAUAAGUAAGUAUCUUGAAUGUCACCCUGUAACUCUACCUUUAUAUUUUUCAAAUUUUAGAGAGGGAAAGCAGGGGCGAGAUUGUGAAGAUAUACGCACGGAGGCAUAGUUAGAGCGGCAAAGGCGUUCCAAUUAGUUUGGGUCUAGAGCUAGGGGGUGGGGUGGGGUGGAGAUGUAUUUGUUACAGGUUAAAAUUAACUUCAGGUUAAUGCAUCAGUCAAUUCCAGCUUUUACAGAUGCCAUCAGUUUGAAAUAGAAUAUUUAUUGUUAUUGUUUGUCAAGGUCUUUCUUCGUGUAUUUUUUAUUACCAAUUUUGUAAGUUAGUAGGAGCAAUUCAAAUUGAUCUAUUUCACCAAUUUCUUUGUAGUGAGAAAGUUAGCCAGGCAAAAGUGUGGACCACAAGGGAGUUACAAGACAUUGAAGGAUUUUCUGCUCAAAAUGUAAGGUAGAAGAUGCAUUAUGGACGAGUUGAAUAUUUAAAAAAAAAAUACUAGAAAAAAGGAUUGGACCAUAAGAAGGCUUGAGGGGUCACCUUCACAUUAUUUUACAGCAGUAUAAAGCAAGUAAUUAAGCUGUAACUUUACUUGUCAGUCAUUAAAAAUUUGAACUGGUCAGCCUAACUUGAUUGUCAAAACUUGAAGUAAAUGGCAUUAUUGGCACUCAAUAAUCAAUUUUUAGCAUUUUUUUGUUUUAAAUUGACCAUACAUGUAAAAGUGAGUGAAAUAUAAAAAACGUGCAUUCAAAAAGCACUGAGAAAGAAACAUCAACUAACAUACAUAAUUAUUAUCAAGGAAGAGUUAUGGAUACUCUAGUGUGGGCCACAAGUCAGAGCAUGAUUUUAUUGCUCUUCUUUAACUUUCUUUGUCACAGACACAAACACAAGGGCCACCUAAAUUUUAACAUUCAGACACGAAUAAAAGUAUGUCAUCCAUCUGGUAUCAUCAUAUUUAUCAUUUUGGGUUGAUUAAUGAUGUUGGGCAUGAGCAUAAUUCAGUGUUGUAAAUGCAAAAUGUCACCCUUCUAAUGGAACGUUUUUCAAGUAAAUUUUCAUCUCACCUGGCUACUACAGACUCUGAGACACAAACUUGCAGUCUGGAGGGAGCUGGCUGUCUAUACAUGGAGUGAUGUUCAUCACCCUUUUUAACCGCUGGCUGGUUAGGUCAAUUAUUGGACAAGCGUCGGCCUGCCCAGUGGGAGACCAUUGGUUCAAACCUCAGCCAGACCAUUAUCACUCAGGGCCUUUAAAUAACUCAGGAGAAAGUGCUGCCUUUGUACUAAAUACAUCUGCGAAUGGUUUGACUUUCUAGUCUUCUCCAUGAGGACAAUAAACUGUAGACCCUGUCUCACAACCUUUGCACAUGUAAAUCCUGUGGGAUGUUAAAGAAUGCACCUACUGUUCAUAAAGAGUAGGGGGAAUAGUCUCCCAAGUGUGGCGGUCUAUCUCUCAUAGGGGGAGGGACUGUUAUGGACUCGCAUAGUGGCACCACAGGCUGCUGUGUUGACCCUUCAAAGAACUGGUGAACCUAAAUACAUCAGUCAAUCAAAUUAACAAUCAGUCAAUGUAAACAUGCAUAUAAAUUUUCAAAGCUGUGCAUUCUUUUGUACUGUAGUUGCUGUGUUAUUGCAACUUUCCUUCAAUGUUUUAAGUAGUUAUUUUUGUGUUUCACUCUGUGGCUGACCAGUUCCCAAUGGCUGAAUUGGCUAAAAUUUGUGACUCAGCUGAUUUUUAAACGUUCCUUAAGGAGCCAGCUUUUAGAUAACUUUGAAAAUACUUCUUAAUUAAGUUUAAAACUUUGUAAUUAAUAAUUAGCUAACAUUGUAAUUAGUAUUAGAUUAAGUGUUAGUUGUAAUUAGUUAUUAUAAAUAAUGUAAUAUAAUCAUUGUUCUUGAAAAGCCCCUUUGGGGAGGUAAUGAUAAAGUAUGUAUGUAUUUACAUUGUACUCCUCAUUUUUAAUAUGCUGCAUCAACAUGAUUUUUUGCCAAUCUUAGAACUUGAAAGAAAUUGCUGGGAAGAUAUUCAUAGAUGCUGAACCAAAUUGCUGCCCUCCAGAGGUAUUUAAAACUACGUAAAAGCAAAUCUAAAAAGAUGUGUCUUGACAUGUCUCUUAAAAGUACCCACUGAUUCUUAUCACAGAUAUACGUGAGAAGGCUGUUUUACAUGCACAAUGUAGGGGUGACAGCAGAAAAUGAUCUAGUGCCUAAAGUUGCCAGAAGGUGCCCCUUAAUUACGUUCUAAAACAGAAGCAUGAUGUAAUUUUCUGAAUGAAUGUGCUGAACAGGACCUAUUAUGCUUACUAAAUUGCUAAUGUACAGCCUUAUUAAAGAUAUUAUCAUGUUAAUACACUAGCUGGCAACCAAUGAAGUUCAAAGAGAACUGGCGAGGUAUGGUUCUACUUCCUAGUGUUCAUAAUAAGUCUUGCAGCAGUGUUCUGGACUCAUUGUAGCUUACAAAUCUGAAAUUCAGGCAGCCCAUAUAAAACUAUUACUACCGUAUUUAUUGGACUAUAAGCUGAGCGAUUUUUACACAAAUUAAAACUGAAGUGAAUUGAAAUUUGGGCUCUAGAGAGGGUCUCGGCUUAUAGCUGAAAGUUUUUGAAAAAAAAUUUUUUCCGGCGCAUAGAAACUCUACUAAAUCGAGAUGUAUUUACGUAUAAGCCGAGCUAAAGUAAAGAAACACAAUAUGCAAUCGUUGGUUAUUAACUUUUAAGAAUGUGGUGGCUUUUAAGAAUGUGGUGGCUUAUAGCCGGGUGUUUUCGAUUUAUUUUUGGUUCUUGUUAUGCCAAGUCUACACGUUCAAAGUUUGGGGUCUUGGCUUAUAGCCGAGAUCGGCUUAUAGUCGAAUAAAUAUGGUAGUAACAAUAUUGUAAUUUUGAGGUCACAAAAGCAUGUCAACUGAUGUCUAUUUAGUUCUUGUGAAUGAAAGUUACGUAAAUAAAAUAUGCAUGCCUCUUAUGUUAAACUUUUCAGUCCCAAAAGUGACCAAAAACAAUAUGAAUUUCAACAAUUAAAAUGCAACCAAUUGACGCCAAUGCUUAUACAAUUCAGGGCAAACAAGGUUUGUUAUGAUAAAUCCACAAGUGGGAAAUUUUUGAUUUCAUUUCAAUGCCAUAGUUAAUUAGGGCUCUCAUAUUAAAUUUUUUUAAAGUUUAAGACAAAUGUUAACAAAACUUUGCAUGUACAGGCUGAACUCUAAAAUUCAGCAUGACGAAUGGGUAUAUAGCAUACACUAUAUUAUUUUGUUGAGGUAAAAUAAAGUGACAUCAGUAAAAAGGUCGCCAUUGGUCGCCAUGUCUGCAACUAUUAUAUAUGUACCUUGCAGAUAAAAAACUGUAGUACUCUUUUUGUGUCAAAUUAAAUUUUUUGUUAUAUGUAUUUUAUUUCAGGAGUGUCUGCUAGACUUUUCCAACAUCGAUAUCAUUUUGAUAUCCAACUACCAUUUUAUGUUAGCUCUGCCAUUUAUAACUGAAGUAAGUGGACGUAUAUGAUAUGAACAGGCAAGAAAAGUAUUCUUUUUUUAUUGAAGUCCCUCAUUUUUUCCUAAUCUAGCUCUUUUUUUCUAGCGUUCAGGUUUUAAGGGCAAGAUUUAUGCAACUGAACCAACAGUUCAAAUUGGCAGGUAAUAAUUUGUAGUUUGUUGUUUUUUCAGUUUCGUUUUAAUUUGGUUUUUUUUAUGCAUGUGUGUGUUUGUUGAUUAGGGAGAUUUAAUAAUAUUACAAGAGACAGGAGAUUCAAGUUUGCAAUUUCUAGGAAACGAGCAGAUAAAAGUCAGUGCAAUGUAAUUCUUGAGGAUGGACCUGAUAUAGUUCUACAUAUUUUGUGUACACAUGAUGACAAGUGAAGCAACUAUUAUUCUUGUGAUAAAAUUGACGAUAACUUCUAGAAACAUGAUUCUAAAUUUUCUAUGAAUAAUUAUUAAUAAAAUUGCUUCUGUACUUUGGACAUGACUCCAAGGUUUCAACCAUUUACAGUUGACCAGUGAUACUAAUUUGCAAACAUGUAGUCAAUGUCAGCCACAAAACAGUUUCAAAACAACCCACAAACCUACAAAUUAUAUUCUGCAACUCAUGAAUUCCCUUUUUUUUUAGUGUUACCUUUUUGCCCCUAAUAGUGUGCAGAGACAAAAAUUCACAAAAUGAAGAAUUCGCUCAUUGUAUCUGUAAAAUCCUAUAAAAUAAAUAGGACCAUGCAGAAGUACUGACUGCAAGAUGUUUAAAUGGUACCAAACACUAUAUAUAGGAUUUCAUCUACAUGUUUAAAAGUUAGCAUGACUUUAAUACUCUCACCAUAACAUGGUCUCAGAAUGAAAGAGUAACUUUGUGAGUAGAAUUUUUCAUUUUAAUUUGUAAUCAUUCUUUGCCUUUUUUGAUUACCGGUAAAUGAUUUAAAGGGAACUAAUGCUAGAGAUGGUGGUGUAUGCCGAGCGUGUGCCAAAAAUUAGUAAAGGAGACAUGUGGAGGAAGAGUGAGGUUUUAAGGUGAGAUGAUUUAAAUAAAUUUCCUGGUGGAUAACACAUUGAACUUUCUCCAUUUUGGGCUAAUUUUUUCAGGUUUCUCUGCAGACUGGGUUGGUGUUGAGUCAAAUUACACUGUGGGAGUCUGUUUUGAGGACGGGUCAGAGUCUUUAUUAAGGGGCUGGUUGUUUAUUACCUGUGAGGUGGGGCCGUCUAUUUUGCUGGGGUUCAUUUUAAAAUCUUUAUUGGAUUUGGGGGUAAUUUUCAGAUAGGAGAAUUAUUAUCUGAGGGUCAUUUUAAUAAGGUUAUGAAUUUCAAAGUAUUAUUUUGCAUGAAUUAAAAUUGAAUGUAAUAGCUGUAAAUAGUAAACACUGAUUGCAAAACAUGACAGUUUCACAAUUAAUAAUAUGUAAAAUUUAUGGGUAAACAGUUCUAAAAAGGUAGGAUGAAUUGGGGGGUUGGUUCGAAAAUCUUCUAAGCUUUCUCACAGUCUCUGAUGCUUUCCUAUAUAUCCUCCAUAUAUAUAUAUAUUUUUUUUUUUUUGCUUCUCUUUACCCUUUUAUUUCUUUUGCUUAGCAGUUUGCUGGAUAUCUUUUCUGAAAGUAAAAAUUUUAACAACAAAACCUACUGUUGGAUUGUGGAGUUGCUUUUAAGAAGUAUAGAUGUAUACAGGGACUCGAUUUUCAUUCACAUUUUUACUCACAAAAUUUUAAUGAGAGCUGACCUGAUUUUGCAUGUUUGUUUUUUGUUUUUCACUUUUUCUGACAGGUGUCUUCCUCCACCUCUUUGUGACUUAAAAGGCACAAAGUCAUGGAAAACUCUCUACAGGUAACUUGUAUAUGUACUCUAGGGGUUUUGUUUUCAGCUUUGUAGUUUAUAAUAAAGUGCAUUGCUCACAAGUAAAAUGAUUUAAAUGGCGCUGUUCAAGCAACUUGUCUUUCAUCCGAGCCAACAAAGGGAUUGUGGGUUGGAUGUACAGUAUGAAAUGCUUGCUUCGAUUUCAUGAGGAUUUAGAUGGGAGCAGCAUUGCCGAGCAAAUAGAGCACUGGACUUGUAAUUCAGAGGCCCUGACUGCUAGCUGGAAUUGUCCUCAAUAAGUACAGAGUUCAAAUUCCAGCCUUGCUUGCAAAAUAGCCAGCUGGUUUGCCUCUAGCCAGUUGGAAUUCUUAACCCUGUUAAGUUUGAUUUGAAUUAUUUUGGUUUCAAACAUUUGCUUGGCCAACUAGCAUUAGUGGUAAGUAAUGGGAUAAUAAAGCAAAUAUUUUGUGCGCCAUUUCCAGUGAGCAAUAUUUGAAAUAAUCGACCCCUUUUGGUGCGAAAAAAUUGCUAAUCGCCCCCAGCUAUUAUUUAAUAUUAAAGGAAAUACGGUAUGACAAAGACACACAGAAACUCUUUCAAUCUUUCAACCCUCUGGCCAAACUGCAAUCUCUUCCCUAUAAGCAAUAAAUAAUAAAUUCUAUGAGACUAUUUCUAAUAAUGAUAACUGAUACCUUACUUGAAUUUGCUUGCUCUGCAGCAAAGAUGAAGUGAGGGCUUCCAUAUCGAAGGUUCAAAAUAUUUGGUAUUCAGAAAAAAUAGUAAGUGUUUCAAAUAGUUGUCAUUGUCAUGAUUGGUUCAGAUGGUAGCUCAAUUAUAUCCAACCCAUAAUCCAUUGAUAUUCCCCCUUGACAGAGCUAUUAACUUCUACCACAAUUUUUUGGAAAACUGUAAUGGCUAAAGAGGUAAUUCCACCUUACUGAGACUUAAGUUUAGUUACAGAGGAAUAUGUCUAUUUAAGCUUAAUAUUUAUAGUAAGAUCCAACAUGUGGGAUAUUAUCAAUGCUGCAUUCUGAUUGGUUGAGCUACUACAAGGCUAUAUGUUAUAGCCCACUAGUUGUGAAAAGUGCCGGCUUUGAAAACCAGAACAAUGGCAGCUGAAUCAUGUUUUGCUAGCUAAAGUUGUUUGGUCUUGAUAUUUUUGACCAACUUAGAAGUUAAAUUUUACUAAAAACAAUUAUUCCUCUCGCCCUAAUGCCCUCUGAGUCAACAGCCCAUUAAUUAGGCCUUCGGCCUCAUGAGCUAUUGACUCAGAGCCCAUUUGGGCUCGAGGAAUAAUUGUUAAAUAUUACUAGUAAAUAAGCAAUGGUUGCUGAGUGCGGGCAGCAACGAUCGAAGGUCAAAAUGCUUUUGCUCCCGCACUGUGCUUUGCAUAAGUUUUACAAUUGACAGAUAGUCAAAACAUGCGUGAUCUAGCCUGCAUAACAGGUUCUUUGUAAUAUUCUUUAUCAUAAUACUGUUUUUAUAUUUAUUUUUUUAUCACAGGAUCUGUUUGGUAUUCUAAAGCUAACAGCUCUCAGUUCAGGGUUUUGUCUUGGAAGCUGCAACUGGGUCAUUGAGUCUGACUAUGAAAAGGUAUGCAGUGCCAUAACAGUGUUUCAUUUCUUAUCAUCUUGGCUCUUGUGGCCCACCUUUGAAUAGGUGGAGAUUGUGCUUACCACACUCCCCUCUCCCCACCUCUAACCCCCCCCCCCCCCCCGCCCCACACUUCUCUCUUAAACAUAAGUGCAGCAAUUAAAUCCUGAGGACAGUUUGCGGUCAUGUCGCCCCCAAACUAUCUUGCCAUCAACGAAAUCGCCACCAAGAAGUCGACUCGCCACCAACGAAUAACUCUGAAAUAAUUGACACAAUUGAAUACCUAGGUUUACUUACUUAAGAUUUUUACUUUUUUGUCAAGCUUAUUCGAAUUUAAAGUCAACUCAAAUACAAAUCUAUUGAUCCUUGUAGGUUAUCUUAUAGGUUCUGUGAAUGAAAAUUUUGAUAUUUGAGUGAUUAAUAACUGGUAGAAUCGUUUCACAACCACUGGUCAUUUCUUUGAAAUAUGAAAAUAAAGUAACGGUUUUAAAGAGACUUCUGUUCAUGAAGGUUCAAAACAAUGCUAAGCUAUUAAAGCUCUAUUCUUGGUGGUGAGAUGGUUGUAAAUUUUUAAAUCUUUGUGCCGUCCUUUAUUUCGAUCAUGUAAUGGAAGCACCAAAGUUUCCUUCGCAGUAAUCACGUUCAGCCCUAUCUAUUUUUUAUCCUUUAUUUUAGGUAAUAUAUUUUUAAAGGUGGUCCUUUUCAUAAGCCUUAUAGGCUUCCUAAUGCUUCCUUGCGUCAUCUUCUUUUUAAUUUUAUUUAUAUAUCGAACUUAAAUAACAAAAUGAUAAAGUUGAAUAAAUAAAUAAUAAGUUGUUGAAGACAAGAAAAACAGAACUCUUGGGCUAUUUGAAAGCUGUUUACGACAGCUUCAUUUAAGUAUGUCUGCAUCAUUGCUGGGUAUGUAUUGAACAUAUUGAAGCCAGAACAUCAAUAUUAAAGAUGCGUAAUUUGUUUUGAUAAAAACAGGUCAGCUACAUUUCGUGUUCUUCAACGUUUACAACUCAUCCCUUGCCGAUGGACCAGUCCUUGUUAAAGAACAGUGAUGCUUUAAUAAUGACCGGACUCACAGGGGCACCAACCGCUAAUCCUGACGCUAUGUUGGGUGAAUUUUGCACGCACUUAGGUAAGCAAAGUUAAAAUCAGACCUUUUUUCGUGGCACUUAUAGUAGUUCAGUGUCGAGUUCACUAUGACUGCUGAACAAGAGAAGUGAAGAUGCAUUUUUUACAGGCUUAUACUCCAUCUGAAGUAAAUAUGUCCUCAAAUUCCAAAGAGAACAAGAACUGUUUAUUUCUUUGUCUAUUGUGUAUUUUCAAAUUUCAAACACUUUCUUGGCGGAAUCUGUGAAUAUUUUACUUCAUGUCGAGGCUGACCAUUAAUGUUUGUUAAUUUGAAACUGGACUAUUAGCCUGGUAAGCUGUUGCACCUGGAGCCCAUAAGCCGAAGAGUGUGACACGCCAAUGCUGAACCCUUGUAUGUACAAGGUGGGGAGGGGGGCGGGGGUGGUGGUUGCCAUGCCUCCUCUGAGGUUUUUUUAUUUUUUUCCUAUAGACAAUAAAACAUCAGCACCUGGCGUUUUCAGUAGCUGUUUGUUUAAUUCUUGUGCGCAUUUGAGAAAAGUUUAGUGAUCGUCAGUUACUAUGGUUACGAUAUAUGACGUCAUAAGUAGCAGGUGGUCAAGCCAUUUUUGUGUGAAAAUGCACGUUUUUCAACAAUAAAAGUAAAACUUGUGGAUGAAAUGAUGCAAAGUGCUUAUUUAUGUGUUAUUUUACAUGUCCAGGACAGAAAAAAUUGCCACUUAUCGCGAUUUUAACCUGAUUUCUAAUUCUUGGUAAAAUCCAAGCUUACUGUAACCCACUCAUAGCCCAUGAUAUGAAUGGUGCGCGAUGCGAGAAAGGUAGACCACACGACCGGGGCAAACUUCCCCUUUAAGAACCUGUUAGGCUAAAAUUUGCCAGUUAGACCCCUCUAUUAAAGAACUUGUUCAGCUUAAAAUUUGAAACAAGUUCUUAUUUUCUAAAAUCUAUCAAAAAAAUAUUGUACAUUUGGGCAAAUAAGAUAAGUCAACAUUCAGGAUCUUCUCUGGAGACAUAGGUGCCUUAUAAUCAUUCCUUCAUGUGCAAUUGUAAUGCCAUAUAGGUUUUACCUAAGGAAUGAGCUGAAUAUCACUGAAUACUCGUAGCUACAAUGUAUUUUUUUUCUUCACAAAAUAAGAACCUUUUUAAGAGCCUAAAUGGCCUAAAGGACCAUUACAUCUAUGUAAGAACCUGUUUGGGCUAACUUGGGAAAAUGCUUUUUCUCAGUGACGGGUUUUUACUGUAUUGCUAAAACAUUUUUUCUUUGCAAAUUAUUUACCAGUAUUUUAAUAUUGUAUUCCACAGCUACUACUCUAAAAAAUGGAGGAAAUGUCCUUGUGCCCUGCUGUCCGUCUGUAAGUUUUUUUAAAAAAUUAAAGCAAUGAGGAGAAAUUGCUGCCUUUGUAAUUAUUACGUUGUGAGUGGUUAGACAUUCUAAGCUUCUAGGAUAAGAACGGUUAACCCAUAGGCCCCGUCUCACAGUCUUUGCUCAUACAGGAAUUCUGCGGGACGUUAAAGAACCCACACUGUAGAAGGGACGUAGUCCCCGGUAUGGGUCCACAAUCAGUUAAUGCCCGACAGAUCAGAUUCCUGGGCCAUUGUCUUCGGCGCCCCUAGGGUUACCUUAUUUCUAAAUACGCUUUGUACCACCCGACACAUGGUAAACCAAUACCUGGUAGACGUAAAAAUUUAAUUCUAUUCCACGAAUAUGCUGCAAGGCUAAUCAAUUCAGAAAUCUCCUCCCCGCUUCCUCACGAAAUUCAUACUUUGGCACAGGGCCGCAAAGCUUUUGGGUCUUAGGGACUAAGCAAGCUCCAGUGUAUAGUCACUGAAAAUGUCCUUAUUAUGUUUGUUCUUACAGGGCGUGCUGUAUGACUUGUUCGAGUGCCUGUACUCCUAUAUGGACAAUGCCAACCUAACCUCCAUUCCCAUCUAUUUCAUCUCUCCUGUGGCCGAUAGUUCUUUAGCCUAUGCCAAUAUUUUUGCUGAAUGGUAUGACGCAAAAAGUUCCUUAGGCUUAAGUAGCCGAUUUUCAAUGUGAAGUAACCAGAAAUUCCACAGCCACUGCAAAGUCAACAAUGCCUUAAUAUUUUUUAUCGAUUGCUCUUCCACAAAAGCCAUAUGCUGAAACUACUGAUUUUUCUGUAGUUUGAGCUUAAAUGUCAGAGCCGGCCCAAACGGUUUUGUCUGUUUUUUCUUUGUUUCAGAGCGCGCUUAAGGUGAUGUUACACGGGACGAUUCGCAGCGACAAUUUUUAGUGUAACACAGGGUUGCAAUUUUGGAACGAUGUUGUAGCUACUCGAAACAAUGUCGCAACAAUGUUGCAACGCUUUGUUGAGCUAAAAAUCGUCGUUGCGAAUCGUCUCAUGUAACAUCACUUUUAAAGUUCCCGGAUAUAUCGCGUCACAAUAAGCCGAUGCUAGCAAAACUCUCAAGGCCCAAUGGAGUAAAGGCCCUUGUUUUCUACUUAGUAAGAAAUGAUUCUCCACUUUCUAACCUUAAGUCAAAAAAUAUUAUUUGCUUCGAUCACUGAGCGUUUUCUCUCGCGCUGAAUUGUCGAGAGCUAUGUUCGUUAAGAGUACGACCAUGAAAAUAACGUGAUGGUGGGGCGGUUUAUUUUUCUCUUUCUCGCGCGCGCGACUUUCCGAGAAAUUUCAACGGAAAUGGACGUCAAAACAGUCAAUGUAAAUAAGAGAGGUCUAGAUUCGAAGACGAGGACGACUACGAGAACGGCAUUUAAUUUUACGUUUUCUCGCCUAUUCUCUAAAAUAGACACCCCGGAAAUCUUCUUUGUACUGUUUUUCACCACCAAAGUAAGCACGCUUAUUUCCAUUGAAGGAGGUUGAGCCCUCUCCAGAUCGCUAAAUGAGAAAAUUUGUAACAUUUGAUCGCCCCAUGUAAGGGAAUCCGGAUUCCGGAAUCCAGGAAUUUUUUGCUUGUGGAAUCCGGAAUCCAGGGCUUUGGAAUCCGGAAUCCAGCACUAAGAAUCCGGAAUCCUACUAAAGAUUGGAAUCCGGAAUCCAACUUAUUUAUUAAAAGAUCCACUCCAGAUUAAAUUGAGCUACUCGCUCGAAAGAAAAAGGCAUCUAUGGAAAGCCUCCCCAGGGUAUAGACCUGAAUGUGACGACAUAAUAUCGGCAUAUUUGGCCGUCAAAACAAUAGUUCACGAGCUCCAUAUGAAAGGUCGAGGUCACGGUCACAUGUUUAAAAUUCUAUAAUAGCCAGGGAACCCUUGCUUAUGAGCGGCUGGCAGGAUCACAAAAUUCGGGGGUUUUCAAGGGAACACAGCGCAACCUUUUUAAGGUAUAAAUUGAAUUGUUAUAAAUAACUUCGACCUCUGGCUAUGUUUGAUUCUCUUUUGUUCACUCGCUUCGCUGAACUUUAAAAAAUCAAAAGCGUUUCUAUGCAUGCUUUUUGACCUGGCAUAGGACUGGAAAAGGUGCACCUGGGGUGAACCUUUUCUUGAACCUUCCUGGUCCUCCUGGUUCACAAUUGAAAAUAAACGCCUACGUUCAACAGUUUACCAAAAAGAAAAAAAAAAUUCACAGUCUCCUAGCGCCUAAUUUGGUCCUAGUAGUUUCGCUGAGAACAGUUUCAUGGUUUCGAUAAGUAAAAACUUGCAAGAGGUGACAGGCCGCACAUCUUCACCGGUGUGAAACCUUUGAAAACCUUUUCCAUAUUGCUCCACUGAGGAGAACUCUUUCAGGAAUCUUACAGUUUAAAAUUUGAACUAGGAUAUAGCUUCUAUAUAGCGGGCCAAGAUACAGCUCGGUACAGUUUUUGUUCAGUAAAGGAAAAUUGUGUAAGUUGAACAGAACCUUUAAAAUGUACAACAGACAAUUUAUUCGAUGUAUUCCUGUUGAGAUUUGUCUACUCAAAAAUAUAAUAAUUUUUCCAGUAGCUGCUGUUAUCUUACGGUAUCUGCUUUAAAUAUCUCCGUAAAGUUUAGGUUUACGCGAUCUCAGAGAGCACAGUCUUUAAGUAUAUCCAGAUCCGACACUGGUUUUGUGUAUUUAUCACGUCUUUAGUAGAAGCAUGAUUUAAAUACAUUGUGAUACUGUGUCCUUUGGAUGUCGCUUUGAAACUCAAUCGCUUUGUAAAUGUGACUUGUAGUUUUAAUAUGAGAGGAGAGUAUUUUAAAGCUCGAUAUUUUUCAAUACCAUUGGCAUGUUGUUUUUUUACCAAUCAUUGACUGGCUUCUUUGUGCCACUACAUAAUGUCUGCAGUUAAAUAUAAGUUUACAAGCAAGACCGGCGGUUUCGAAUCUUACGAUUCUCAUCAGUUGUUAUGUGGUGAGAUAGUUUAGGUGAACUCUGAACCAUUCCGUGUUGCUUGAUUUGGUAAGCGUUUAUAUAUCCACCCUGGUUUGUUUGGAGGAUCGAAAAUGGUGCGGUUUGGUUGGUUCCUUGCAAAAAACCAAUCAGGUUGCUGUAGGUUCGAUCCGUGUUUUCUCAAAGCUAGGUUGUGUUUUUACAAAGGUUUAAAUUUGAAAAAUAGGUGUCUUGCCUUACUUUUUUGUGAAGUAUAAAAACAUCUUGUUAAAAUGUGUAUGAUGUGUAAUUGUUCCUCAAAAUGGCGCGGGACUAUGUUGUACUUUUUUCGUUUCAAUUUGCGGUGAUGGGGUGUUUGUUAUUAUUCUUUUUUUUCCGCGGCGUUGCGGUGUGGACAGUCCCCCAAUGUUCCCCUCAUUAUUAACCAUAAACCCUUACGCAACUGUAAUACAUUCUUCCCUUAAUUUAUAAAUCGAAAAGAAAACAAACUUGUUAUGCAUUCUAACAACGUCUUUCAAUAUAGCAAGAUUCGAACACGAAAACGAAAUGCGAAGAAAAGCAUUAAAACAGAAAAAAAUUGGAAUCCAGCCCUUUUUGGAAUCCGGAAUCCACUGAGCUGGAGUCCGGAAUCCAGUAGUUAGAAUCCGGAAUCUACAGUGUGGAAUCCAGAAUCCAAGACUGUCAUGGAUUCCCUUACAUGGGGCGAAUUUGAUAACUUGUUUUCGCCACCACGACAUGCUCGCUAAAACUCGUGGUAGGCUGACGACGGCUACCACAUUUUCCCGCCAAAAUGAUGGUGGUUCGCGCGCAUGCACUACUUAGUAUUGGGAAAAGCUCUCUAUUGUAAAAAACAAGUCGACAACAGUUUUCCAUGGUUUUUACUCUUAUCGACCAUAGAAAUUAGGUCAAAAUGUUCAAAACUUUUCAGUAAAACCACCCGUUGAGCGGUUUGAACAUUUGCAUCAUUUUUAUGGUCGAUAAGAGUACCGACCAUGGAAACUUGUUGUCGAUUUGUUAAAUAGCCUUGACGUCAACGAAGAAUCUUUUAAGGUCUUCUUUGUCAGUAGGUGAUGCCUUUCCAUAAGUACAUGUACCCCGCUACCACUUCGUAGUGCUUAAUAUUAAGUGGCCAUUUCCUGGGCCCAUAACUGAAUGAUGUAUGAGAUUUUCUUUCUUCAACAUCUUGUCUCUUUACAGGCUCUGUCAAAGUAAACAGAGUAAAGUUUAUUUACCAGAAGCGCCUUUCCCACAUGCUGAGGUAUUCUAUGUUUUAAGAAGUUUACCCGUCGUAAAGAAAACACUUGCAACUGAAGAUGGUCUUGUUUUUUAAUCGUCGUUUAUUUAUUUGUGACUGUGUUUUCUUCUUUCUACAGCUUGUUAAAACAGGAAGAUUGAAACAUUUUCCUAGCAUACAUGGUGAGUGGAGAGGUGAUAUCUGAAAGGAGGAAACGCUUUCACAUUUAUUAGUCAAAACUUUAAAAUUAAAGAAGUUUCCUGAAUUAAUUUACACCUUUUUUUUAUCGUUUUACAGAUGGGCUAAGCAGCUGCUUUAAGACUCCCUGUAUCGUGUUCACUGGACAUCCUUCUCUACGAUAUGGAGAUGUGGUGCAUUUCAUGGAGCUUUGGGGCAAAUCAAGUGGAAAUACCAUUAUCUUUACUGGUAUGUACUCUUGUUAGAGGACGGUAAUGGCUUUAAAGCACACUUAUUCGAAACCAUACCUCAUCACCCCUCCCAGUUAACCUUCUAGUGUCCCACCCAGCGAAUAAAGGAUUUUCAUUCUAUUUCCAAUGUAACGCCAAAUCAUCAUCGGCAUCAGGAUGGCUAUCAUUAUCGUUAUUUUUAUUAUCAUCAUCAUCAACAACGCCAUCAUCAUCAUCAUCAUCAUCAUCAUCAACAUCCAUCACUUAUUUUCUAAAAUUCUUUCCGUGAAAAGAGUAAAGACUACAAGAAUUUAACCUUGAUUUGUAAUCUGUUAGUUCAAUGGUAUCAUCUUCGCUUCAUCCGCUAAUAGAAUCCUAAGCCCAUUCCUGCAUUACGGUACCCUUUAAGCAUUUUUUAUAACCAAAACUGAAAAGUCUUACUAACUUGAAUUACAGAACCUGAGUUUCCUUACCUUGAAGCCCUCGCUCCAUACCAACCACUGGCAAUGAAGGUGAAUGAGUUCAUGCGCGCGAUUCUUUCUUCAAACUAUUACUUGUUUCGUAUUUUUCCACUUGACUUUCUUGUUCACUUACAUACUAGGGUAUGGUUAUGGAUGUAAUAACGAUUUCACUUUAUCCAAAUAUAAUAUGAGUCAUAUAUUAUUUCUUCAAGGCAUGUUACUGUCCUAUUGAUCCGAGGCUGAACUUUACUCAAGCAAACAAACUUAUUCGUGAACUCCAGGUGAGAUGGUUUACCGCUUUAAGUGUUUACGGACGUAGUUUCACUCUCAACAUUGCUAAUGACUAACAUAUCUGCCCCGUAUGCUCUUGAUCUAUUUUUAUUUAGGCCAUAACGCAAAAUAGCCUCACGAUUGUUUUCAAGUAGAAACUUGAAGUAUAAUGUUCAGGCGCGCAUCCACACCGGUUUCCACCGUUUUACCCAACUCGGUCAGAUUUUUCAUAAUAAAUAUAUUUUUAAUAAAUAAACUUUCCAGGUUGAAAUCUUGCUCCAUAUCCAACAUACAACAUGGAAAUUAACCUUCAUGAAAUAAUCCGCCGAUUUGCAAGGCAUCAUCCGAGGAAAAUGGAACUGGCCAAUAUCUUGUCUGAAUGACUCACUGAAACCCGGGAAAGGGGACUUUAGGGAGUGGCGCAUACCCGGCCCCCCCCUCCAAGAAGCUUGUACCUUCGGUUCUCGUUUAGGAAAUGGGUCAGUAUUUAUCCUAGAUCCGCGCCUGAUGUUCAUGUUCUGUUUUCUUUUGCCAUUUCAGCCCGGCCACCUUGCCAUACCGGAAGCGUACACAAGGCCACCUGAUUUACUUCCCCAUAGAACAGACUUAACCAUUCAAGAUACGGUGAGCUCCUUAUAGUCACUCGCUGCUUAUUUGGUUUUCCACAGGUAUAAGAUUCUUACGACGAAUGCGUAUUCACUGCUUAUCCUGGGAAACCAAACUUAUCAUAGUGCUCUCUUGGGAGCGUGAGUUUCCCUUGGGAGUCAAAAUAGUGGAGAUCUUUUAUUACGGACCUUUAAAAAAAGAAGAGAAUUCUUCAGUCAUGAACAGUUGUCAAUCUAAAGAAAGUUCGUUAGAACUUUCGGAGCCCGUUUUAAUUCCAUCUAAGUCCAUGUUAGAUCUCACCGGUGUGCGGCCUAGUCUUGGUGCCGAGGCUGGUAGGUUGAGAUGGAUAGAAACCUUGGUUGAUUCUGUACGUUAUGGGUCGUUGCUUGUAGAUGCUAAUCCCCUCACGGACUUUGCGCAAUGGAAGGUCAUGGCAAAUAAUCCCAACUCUGGAAAAAAAAAUAAAGCCUAGAUGGUUUCCGAAAGCUGUUGUGAACUUUCUUUUCUGCAUUAGUGAAUCAAGAAUUGCUUUAAUGGUAAUAAAUAAUAACAGUCGGUAAAGUAAUUAUUAAAAAACUGUUUUGGACUUCUGUUUUCCCUUGUUUAGAAACAAAAUUGUUGGUUCCUUAUUGCAUCGGUGGAGGAGGAGCUUAGUUUCAUUGAAUUUUUAAAGUAGAUGGACCACUGUAAACCGAUUAAAAAGCUUGAACCCCUUUAGGCCAGCCAGUUUAGCUUAUCGACUCACUUAAAACAAACAAACAAACAAACAAAUAUUUAGACCAUUUCCUUUUGGUCUUAUAGGAGUGCAAGAUAUCUACGUUCAGCUUCUUAGAUGUGCUUUCGCUCCCAGUGAACAGGCAAUUUGAGAAGGUUAUUUUGUCGAACGAGGUCAGUAUAUCUCACAUAUGUUAUCCGAAAUAGGAGUUAAUCAGUGUAAAUUUGUUAUAUAGUGGUGCUGUGAUGUUUUCUUUGGUGCUGUAGAUGGUGCCAACACCAAUUGACGCUAUAUAAAAGGGUGAUACAACAAAUGUAAUUUGUUCACCCAGGAAAAACUUAGGAACUCAAGAACUCCAAUCUUGGACAGGAUAAAAUGAAACAGCAACCCUCUCCCCACCCCCACUGCCCCCCCCCCUCCCCCCAUGUUUGAUUUUGGGGGAUGGGGGUCUAGAUUUUCCAUAUAUUAAAAUUUUAUUGUUGUUUGAAAGUGCUUGUGCGUUCCAGAUCGAAUUGGAAUGUGCAAGUGUUGUUUUGAGAAGAGGAAAAAUCGGAACUCCUGCUAAGAAACUUCUCAAAGCAAUGACGAAAAACACAAACAAACUCAAGACACAUGGUGUUGACGUUAGGACUUGAGCACGAGCCACAAUGGCGGGAGGCGAGAGCUUUCAACGUUGUGCUAACUUUGCCCUCAUACAACAUACUUCUUUAGGUUACAAACUAUACUUUCAGUAAUAAUUUAAUAAUAAUUUGAACAUAUUUAUGCAGGAUUGCUGCUUCAGUUUUAAGAAAAAAACUGCUAUCAAUGCAGGUCCUGUAAAAAAUUAAAAAUGAAAAAAUAAAAAUAAAAAAGAUUUAAAAUAUAGAUAAAAAUCAAAUCACAAUAUUACAAAAUAGUCACACCAAACGAAAGAUCGAACAGUUAUAAAUUCUAAGAAUUAUUAAAAAUUAUUAAAAAUUUUCGCACCUUUGUAGAAAAAAGCGCGCUUGGUGCAUUCUAAAUUAAUUUUUUCCAAAAUAAAGUCAUUAUUAUUUCUAGUUUUGUGGCGGUGAAUGUCACGGUUUCUUACAUUGAAAUAGUUAGAAAGGUAUCUGGGAACUCUAUUUGCAAUGCACUCAUCAACAAAUCUUAAAAUGUGUGUCCGUCUUCUAUAAUAGAGAGGUUCCAAAGGUAGUGUAAAAAUUAUAUGAAAUGUCUUCUUUGUUUAGUUGGCCAGCAGUCUUCACCCACAGGAAGUGAGGCCCGGAAUAGCGGUUACCACGGUAACUGGAACCUUGGUAACAAAAGACAAUAGAUAUACACUAGAACCUUUACACCUGUGUGGAGACGAGGAGCUAGAUAAGAAAAGGCGAGUUUAUUUCAUUUUCAAGCUUACAAACAAACAAAACACUGAAGAUUGUCAAGGGCGCCCAAACAAUCUGAGCGGAUGUUUCCAUCAAUUUCCAACGGAUCGUUAGUGACUUGUUAGUGAUGUGUGGAUUGAAAUCCUAAACUGAAAAGUCCGGUUCAUCCUUUCUUUGGAAGGUUUUUAUUCAGUUUGAGAUCUGUACAAUCAUGUGAAGAUAUACGUUUGUUCCCCUUGUAGCAGAUUCCAACCUUCAAGAUAGUGAAGAACGCGGAUCGAGAAAAGUUGCGCGAAAAUCGCGUGGGGGCUGGGGAGAGACGGAGUAGUGGAGCCCCUAAGCAUUGUCUUCAAUACCUCAUUGUGUAGUUCCUGAAAAUGUCAAAUCCCUUCCCCCCAACCCCCCGUCACAGAGGGCACUCUUGCAUUAGACCCCCACCUCUCUGGCACCCCGUGGAAAGAAAAUUUCCGUCAAAAAUGCUGUUGCACUAUUAUGCGAAAGAUCAGUGUACUUCAACACUUGCGUCAAUCAUUUGGGUUCGCAUCUAAAAAACAUAUCGAGCACUGAAACCCUCCUUCUAUACAGCGCAUCUAUUGACGUUUUGAAAUUUGACAUUUUGACAUGAGAAACGCGGGGUAGGAGGCGGGUUGAGGUAUUUAAAAAGAUGCGUACUGGCUCUCCCCGUCUCUCUUCCCGCUGUUUUUCUAUUGUUCGCUAUUUCACUGCUCGCUUGCUUUUUUCGCUCGUCCGCACUGACCGAGAGCCAUGCACACUAUGUUAGCUAUUCAGGAGCCAUAAUGGUUUAAUUUUCAUUGCCUGUUUUACACCAAAGCAUUUUUUUACUUAGGGACCCGAAGAUGGAGCGCAAAACUUCCCAGAAAUCCUGCCAUUUAUGGGGCAGUGUACUCGUGGAGGAUCUUUUACGAUCUCUUGGAAAGGUAAGCCUGUAUCAUCCUAAAUCAAUGUAUAAAUUCUAAUCUCUAUCCUCCUCCCGCCUCCCACGGUAACCAGUCACCGCGCCACGAAACUAUCUCUUCACCAACGAAAUCGCUACCAAGAAUAGAACUUAGCUUUAUUAUAUUUAUAAGUCCCAAUUAUAUGAGUCCUUUCAAUUUUUUUGAUGGUUGAGACAUUUCUUACUAUUAAUGUGACUAUGUGAUACAGUUAAGCCUUAAUGUGUUGCUUGUGAUGGACUGUGUGACCGCGAGAUGCGGUUCGCAAGUCCAACCCACAAAAAAUGACCCUUGCUUGCCACCGAGUCCUCAGUAGCUCAGAGGUUAGAGCAUCCGAAUCUAGAAUACGGAGGGUCGUGGGUUCGAAUCCCAUCUGGGGCUCAGACUUUUUCUGUGUCCUCUUAUGGUUGAUUCUUUACAUCUCCCUUUAUUUCCUUCAUAAUAUUAAUAUCAGUGGCAUAGAUAUGCAACAAAGUAAUGAAAAAGACUUUCAUGGACAGAAAUUGUCUCUUAACCGUUAUUUUAUUUUUGUUAUUAUCAUUUUUCAAAGAAAUGACGGUGAUUGUGAGACUUCUUUAUCUCUGAAAUGUCAAAGUUUACAUUCAUUUAACCUAUUACCCAGUAUCUGGAGUAUUAAGGGCAUACGAAGUUCAACGCAAAGAACGUCAAUUAGGAUCGACAGAUUUGUAUCUGAACCGACUUCAAAUUAGAGUAAGCUUGACGAAAAAGUAAAUCUUCGGUAAGUAAUCGUAGGCAUUAAACUGUGUCAAUUAUUUCCGAGUUAUUCGUGGGUGGCGAGAUAACCGUAAAUCCCUCCCAUACCCUACCUAUAGCGGACAUUGACUUUCGAUGUACUUGUCUUUGAGCGUGAUUUUUAUAAGGUACUGAGUCCUGUCAAUUUUACCGUUCUUUUCUUCUCCAAAGCGAGGUAUCCAGGAUGUACACGUAGAAUCUAAUCAAGGAACUCAUACUCUUCAUUUGGUGAGUGGCCCUUUUGAUCUCAAGAAAUUCAAGGCUUUGUUCACACCACACUGGAUACGUUUUGCGCCAGCACGAAAACCAUACCGGAUAGGGCUUCUGUUCACACCGCAUUCCCAAAAACGACAUCAUAGUAGCUACAUAAGAACGAUAAUUUUGGCGCGAAGUCUGUGACGAAACGAACUUGCGCCGCGCCGAUCUCUAAGUGGAGAGUCACGUAUCGGAGAGGAGUUCACACCAUUCGGGAUAGCUUUUCGUGUCAGCGUUAGAAGUUAUCCGGUAUAGCGUGGACAUAGCCUAAGUUUACUUCAGUAUUCGUUUUUGGAAGUUGUUGUUAAUGUUUUUAUCAUUUUGUCCCUCUCAGCUUGUCGCGUUCGUAAGAACGCAUCAUAAUCUGGUGUUCCUGUGGCACAAAGGCAGAAAUUUUCGAGCUAUCACCGGCGACUGCCGAUGAACCGCGCCUUUUAAUUUUAUCAGGGGCACCUUGGCCGGGAAACUGGACUCCUUUCGACUCAAUUUCGUUUUCGAGGCAGCUCCCCGCUAAAAAGCACUCCCACAUUCUUAUUCCGCCAGGGUUAUGUUCUCGACGUAUCUCGAACUUAAAUUUAUGACGUCGCCCUUCCGUGCAUCCUUAUAGCUUAGCUUUGUCAGCAGUAGAUUAGCUGAAAGGUUCUACUUCUUUAAGCGGCGUUUUAACCCAUGCUGCUAGUUGACUUUCCAAGUCGUAGUCCUAAAUGUUAUUGUUACUCUUGAUUGCAGGCUCAAGAUGACGCCAUGAUUCAACUGGAUGGGAGUGGAACGCAUAUCGUUACACAUGGAAACGAGGCUUUAAGAGUUGACAUCCGGGAUUCAUUGCUUGACUGCCUGUCACAGUUUUAA